GUGUUUUAGUGCAGGCUCUUAGGCCGCCCUUCCCUCUUUAACUAUUCCAUAUUAAACCCCAAAAAAUGUACCUAUGGAGCAAAUCCAAGUGGAUCGACUAUUCGCUAGAUGGAUAUGCCACUAUGACACACUACAGCCUUCCCGAAAACUUCAUCGCAGCAUGCGGGUGUACAUCCGCCAGCACAAAUUAUCCAACUGCUGCAAUGAAUCAGAUGGCAUACGGUAGCAGUACAUCGUACGGCCCCGCUUGUGGACAAUGCUUUAAUCUCACCCUACUAAAUUCUUUCCUUUCAAAUCCCCCUUUUUACCCUAACGUCACAAAAUCAGUGGUCGUCAAAGUUACUGACUUAUGCCCAUUAUCUCAUUCUGGCUGGUGUAAUGCAACUACUCAUGGGCCGAACGCUGGUGGUCACUACUUGAAUUUUGACCUCGCAUGGCCCUCAUCUUCGAUUCCAAAUGAUUUCUUUCCAUCAAAUGAAGCAUUUUAUGGCUAUACUGACUUUGGCGUUUGGAAUGUCAGCUACCAGUCGGUCUCCUGCACAAAUUGGAAGGGCUGGAAUAACGUUGCUGCUCUUGGGAGUGUGGUUAACCUGGGAUACGACGCAUGCUGUCCUAACAAUCCAACUGGAAGCACCAAUGAUACUUGUCCGUCGUAUUCUGACAACAGUGGUAUUCCACCUGAUACCCAAACCUCUGGAUCCGCUGGAUCCUCAUCAAUUUCGCUCCUUCCUAUUGUCACACUCGCUGUGUCGGUACUAUCCCACAUGUUGUAAUUUCUUGUUUUUUGCGGCUUCGUGGUUUUUGCCAUACCCCGAAGGCAUUGGAGUGAGUGCGUACAAAAACGAUGGCUACUCCAUAUAGCAUGUAUUCUUUUAUGCUCACGAUCGAGGACACUCCAGGUGUGAAUAGAAGAACACAA